GAAAGACAGAGACAGAGACAGAGGAAGGGAGAGAAAGGAGGGAAAGAACAGUAGCACGGUCUAUUGGUCGAGAGAAAGAGAGAAACAAAGAAAAAGAGAGAGAGACAGUAAAGAGCCAAUCGUCCUUGCACUUCGCGGCGGCCCUUCGCGAAUUCGGGCCACGCUCGUGUACGUCACUGGGAUUUCGUAGCGUCGAGACGCGUGGUAGUGGUAAACUAAAUGGUGGGGGAAAGGCUGAAAAGAGGAGAAGUGUCGAGUAGUGGGGAGCUUGGACGGAGUGGUGGGGAUAGUCGACUCACGGAGCUUGGUGAGGCAAGCAGCGCGGAGAGGUGAGGAGGGUAGCGGGGAGAGGAGAGGCGGAGAGGAAGCGGGCCAUUGCGCCAUCAGGAAGUGGCUCACCACUUACACGCGCGGAGUUAACCGGCGACACGCACGCUUGUGCGCGCGCGAGAGUAUGUUCGAAAGAGAAAGAGAGAGAGAAGGAGAGGAGGGUAUCCAGAGGCAGACGGACUUAACGCAUCGAGGAGAGAUAAGAAGAGAAUAUAGGCACCGUCUAAAGAGCGGUGGCGGCGCUCGAGCGAACGAAUGGUAGUAGUGGUAGUGUGUGUAGUGUGUGUAGUGGUAGUGGUGUGGUGUAGUGGGGCUGGAGUGGGGAGAGAGUCGACUGAAACGAUGGGAGGCUCGUCCGAGAGCGGUGGUUUAACCCUGCGUUGAGCGCGCGUGUGCGUAGCGUUCUCGCACGACAUUCGGGACACCCGGUAGAGAGUGUCUUAUCGUUACGAGAGCUGGGUCCUCGCCGGUAUCUAUCUACCAGUCAAUAAAGAGCCUUAAUCGCGACUAUACAGAGAUGAGAGAGAGAAAGAGAGAGAACAACGAAGGAAUUUCUUUCUCCGGUUCCGUCUAUUACGUCGCUUUAAAAAAAGGCACACGAUGCUCACGAGCGAAGGAACAAGUUAGAGCAAGUAGUGAAGCAAAAAAUCUACAAAGUAGAAGUCAUGGGUCCCCAGGUACCAGAGAUGUAUACUGCGCUCUGUCACUUGACCAGGAAGAGAUAUUCAGAACGACAACUAUGGAGAGGACACUUAAUCCUUUCUUCGGGGAGGAGUUUCAGUUCGAGGUACCCCGCAAAUUUCGAUACCUUGGUAUUUACGUCUAUGAUAGAGAUAGGCACUUAAAACAAGACAAAAUUCUGGGAAAAGUAGCAAUAAAGAGAGAAGAUUUAGCGACAUAUCAUAAUAAAGAACAUUGGUUUCCAUUAAAACCAGUUGAUGCCGAUUCUGAGGUACAAGGCAAAGCUCAUUUAGAACUUGCUUUGCAGCCUCAAGUUGGACAUGUUCAACCAAAACUUACAGUCAGAGUAAUAGAAUGUAGUGAAUUAACUAUUAAAAAUGGUGGCUGUGAUCCUUUUGCGACUGUUACGGUCAUCUACAGUAAUGGUAAACAAAUAUCAAAGCGCACAAAAGUUAAGAAAAAAACAGUAUCUCCUUAUUUUAACGAGACGUUUGUUUUUGAGCCAGAGUUAAUGGAAUAUAAAGACAAAGAUGUAUCUCAUUAUUCUAUUGAUGGAGGAGAAGUCGGUGAAGUUGUAGUUGGCUUAUGGCAUGCGUCUCCUGGUAUGGGAGAACAACCUGCUUUUCUAGGAGAAGUUCGUGUUACAUUAAGAGGACUUCAGAAGCAACCAACUAGUACAACAACUGCGUGGUAUUUUCUUCAACCAAGAGCAGCAAAACAUAGACCAAAUAAAAUUUCGAGUAAUUCAACACCACCUGGUACCCUUCCAGGCUUAGGGUCUUUGCGUUUAAAAAUUCAUUAUACAGCUGAUCACGUUUUCCCUUCUGGAAUGUAUGAGAGAUUGAGAACUUUAUUAUUACAAAGUGUUAACGUUCAACCAAUAACAUCAUCUGCUGUAUAUAUUUUGGGUGAAAUCGUGGCUUCCAAAAUGGAAGCUGCACAACCACUGGUUAGAGUGUUAGUACAUCACGGACAAUUAGUUUCUGUGAUGCGAGCACUUGCAAGUCACGAAAUUUCUAAACUAACUGAUCCAACAACUAUUUUCCGCGGUAAUACAUUAGUCAGUAAAAUGAUGGAUGAAGGCAUGAGAUUAGCAGGUCUUCAUUAUUUACAUAGUACAUUAAGACCAGCAAUGGAACAGGUCUUUUUAGAAAGGAAACCUUGCGAAAUAGAUCCUACAAGGGUAAAGGAUGCAAAUACGAUACAAACAAAUUUAUCAAAUCUAAAGGAAUAUGUAGAAAGAGUAUUCACAGCUAUAACAACAUCUGGAGUAAGAUGUCCGCCAUUAAUGUGUGAAAUGUUCUGGUGUUUACGAGAACUCGCUGCAACUCAUUUUCCAAAGAAUAAAGAAGUACGUUACUCCGUGAUAAGCGGUUUUAUUUUCCUCAGAUUUUUCGCACCUGCAAUAUUGGGACCAAGAUUAUUUGACAUCACUACCGAACAAAUUGAUUCUCAAACAAACAGAACGUUAACACUAAUAUCUAAAACAAUUCAAAGUCUGGGUAAUUUAGUGAGUUGCAGAGGAGGAGCUGGUAGCGUUUGUAAAGAGGAAUAUAUGGAAUGUGUAUAUAGAGAAUUUUAUACAGAAAGACAUAUCCAAGCUGUUAAACAAUUUUUGGAACUUAUAUCGACUAGUAGCAGUAGCGGUGCUACGAAACAACGACCUACGAUGUUGCAAGAACAGCCAGUGGUGUUAAAAGAAGGAAUAUAUUUCCUUUUUGUGCAUACUGUCGAUUGUACUAAGAGAAUAAUGAUCAAAAGGGCUCAAGGUAGAAAAAGAUUUGGAAGAAAAAAUUUUAAACAAAGGUACUUCAGAUUAACUACACAAGAUUUAACUUACUCGAAAACAAAAGGUAAAGAACCUUUAUGUAAAAUUCCAUUGGAGGAAAUACUCGCGGUUGAAAGGUUACAUGAAGAUUCUUUCAAGAUGAAAAAUAUGUUUCAAAUAGUACAACCACAAAGAGCAUUGUAUGUUCAAGCUGGUAAUUGCGUGGAAGAAAAAGAAUGGAUCGACAUACUUACAAAGAUAUGUCAUACGAAUAGUAAUCGAUUAGAAAAAUAUCAUCCUAGCGCGUAUAUCAAUGGUCAUUGGCUUUGUUGUCGUGCAGCAUCCGAAGUAGCUCCAGGAUGCAGCGAGGUGUCUCCAGGUAUAGAAGCUGGUUUACGCAUGGUUCUAGAUCCCGAUCGAGAUUUACAAAGGAUACAUUCUUUGAUUUUCACCAAUAUGCCUCGCCUUGAAACAUUAAUGAGUGCAUGUGAGUGUCAGGCAGUGUAUGGGGCAAGUGAUAUGUGUGUGAUACCAGGUGGUGGGUCUCUUAUUGAAGACGUCCCAUCUUGUUUUAAAACUUUAACUGCGUUGAGAGAAGCUGCAUAUGCUUUGCAGCACGAACAUAGAGCUUACUUUAGAAGACUAGCACGUGAUACCAAGUAUGGAAGCAAGCAAGCACCUAUCGGUGACGACAAUUACCUCCAUUUAGCUGCCAGAGCUGGUUUUGAUAGUCAGCUAACAAAACGUGCUUAUGAAACAGAUAGCUUAAAUCAGCGUUGUACAGAUGCAGACCAUUGUUAUGAUAUUGGAUUUUCUAGACGAAUAGAAGAUCGAAGAUACGACGAUACACUCAGGAAAUGUCUAGAUUCUGACUCCAUCAAUCGUAGGUAUGAGAAUGAAAGUAAUUUGUUAAGACGCUAUGACAGUAGUACUGAUACUAUUAAAAGUAUACAAAAUGAUCUCAAAAAAUUUGAUCAUAGUUUAAACAAUACGUUAAGAUCUGAAAAAUCUGAAAGAAACGGAAAUGAAAAUGUGGAAAAUCGCAAAAGACUUGAUAGCUCCACUUUGUUGGCAACAGAUGGAAUUAAUCUAUCUGGUACACUGUCAAGAAAGUUAAAUAAUUAUGAUAAUACUAGAAAACUGGAUGAAUGUACAUUGACAAGAAGAAUAAGAGAUGACAUAAAUGACAUAUCCUGUACUGCUAUGAGUGAACGUGGCAAUCAUUAAUUUAUCUGUAAUAUAAAGAAUACACGCUCUACGUUCCUAGGACACAUUUUAGAGGAAACUUUGUCCGUGCAUUCGCAUUAGUUAUAUUUCAAGAAGAGAUGGCACUCAAAUUCAAUUCUGACUAUACAAGGCUAUAUAUAUUUUUUUACUACUCGUACAGAUAUAUAUAUGUAUGUACAUAUAUAUGUAUUAAUAUGUAAUACUGCUUUCGCUUACAUAUUGUUGACUCUUGUGCAAUAGGGUCAUCUCUUUUUUUUUUUUUUAUUUGUACACGCGAUUUCGAUAUUUUUUGAAUUAUGUAAGUUCUGAUUGUCUUAUGCGCACAAAACCUUUGAAGCUAUAAGAUCAAAAGACUUCAAGAAGCCAUUUUUAUGCACUUGGUUUCUUAUAAUGCUGUGGAAAACUAAACAUCUCGUCACACGACAAAAAUUUCUAUUAUUUAUUUAUUUAUUUUCACGUCAUUU